CGGGUUGCAUCCGAGCGAUCGCUGCCAUUCGCAGACGGAGUUUACAGCCUUUGCGCCGCUUUUUCUUUCGAUCUUUUUUCUGCCGCACCCCCUCCCUCUCUCCCGGUGCUGCCCAGCCCAGUCGACCAUGGUUUCUAUAAUUUCAGACCUGGACCCACUGAAAAGCUGGAACGUGUUAAGGCAGGACGCCAGCGACCUCUCUGGGCCGAUUCAAAGUAACGGCACGGCCGGGAAGAUGAACGGGGCGCUGGAGCAUUCGGACCAGCCGGACCCGGACGCCAUCAAGAUGUUUGUGGGCCAGAUCCCGCGCUCCUGGUCAGAGAAGGAGCUGAAGGAGCUGUUCGAGCCGUACGGAGCCGUCUACCAGAUCAACAUCCUCCGAGACCGCAGCCAGAACCCUCCACAGAGCAAAGGCUGCUGUUUUGUCACGUUUUACACAAGGAAAGCUGCCCUUGAAGCCCAGAAUGCACUGCACAACAUAAAGACCUUAACAGGGAUGCACCACCCUAUUCAGAUGAAACCUGCAGACAGUGAGAAAUCUAACGCGGUGGAAGACAGGAAGUUGUUCAUCGGCAUGGUGUCGAAGAAGUGCAACGAGAACGACAUCCGGGUCAUGUUCUCUGCGUUUGGCCAGAUCGAGGAGUGCCGGAUCCUCAGAGGGCCCGACGGACUGAGCAGAGGUGUGUGUCGCUCCGACUCACGUCCAUCCCCACGAUGUGCGUUUGUCACGUUUUCCACCAGAGCUAUGGCACAGAAUGCAAUCAAAGCCAUGCACCAGUCUCAGACUAUGGAGGGCUGCUCGUCUCCCAUCGUGGUGAAGUUCGCCGACACGCAGAAGGACAAGGAGCAGCGGCGUCUGCAGCAGCAGCUGGCGCAGCAGAUGCAGCAGCUGAACAGUGCGACCACCUGGGGGAGUCUGACGGGUCUGGGCGGCCUCACCCCUCAGUAUCUGGCUGUAAGGAGAGCCGCCGCGUCGCCCACCAUCACCUCCUCCGUCACCCCUUACUACAGCCCCAUGGCCAACGCCGCCGCAUUGCUCCAGCAGGCGACCUCCUCCAGUAACCUGGGAGCCUUCAGCGGGAUCCAGCAGAUGGCCGGGGAGACACUACAGAUGAACAGAGUACUCUUGGCCAGCUCCAACGCCGGCGCCAUGAACUCUCUGACCUCUCUGGGCACCCUGCAGGGCCUGGCGGGCGCCACCGUGGGCCUGAACAACAUUAAUGCACUAGCAGGUAGCGUCAACAGUAUGGCGGCUCUCAACGGAGGCCUGGGCGGCGCCGGGCUCACCAACGGGACGGCGGGCACUAUGGACGCGCUGACGCAGGCUUACUCAGGGAUCCAGCAGUACGCCGCCGCAGCGCUGCCCACCCUCUACAGCCAGUCUCUGCUGCAGCAGCAAGGGGCCGCCGGCAGCCAGAAAGAGGGUCCAGAGGGCGCCAACCUGUUCAUCUACCACCUGCCCCAGGAGUUCGGAGACCAGGACAUCCUGCAGAUGUUCAUGCCUUUUGGAAACGUGGUCUCUGCCAAAGUCUUCAUCGACAAACAGACGAACCUGAGCAAGUGCUUCGGCUUCGUCAGCUACGACAAUCCAGUGUCGGCACAGGCAGCCAUCCAGGCCAUGAACGGCUUCCAGAUCGGCAUGAAGCGGCUGAAGGUGCAGCUGAAGCGCUCCAAGAACGACAGCAAACCGUACUGAUCUUAGCACUAGGGUCUAUCUGCUCCCCAUGUUAGCACUGCUAGGAACAACCCAUCUCCAUGCCUGUUAGCUCAUCGUUUGCCUAGCAUGUCUCCGUGGCGUCCAAAAAAAACAAACUUUUAAAAACAAAAACAAAAAAAAAUCCCCACCACAAAAAAAGUGUCAUCGUCCAGUCUCUUCCUCCCCCGUCAUUGUUUUUCUGAUGUCUUUUCCGAGCUCACCUGAUCAUAACCUGGUCCUACUCCUCCUCCGCCGCCGCCUACUGACGUUUUGAACUUUGAACUUUUAGCUUUUUUCUUUUUCUUUUUUAUGAUUUUUCUUUUUACUUUUUUUGUUGUUGUUUUUGCAUGUGACCUCAUUUGGAUCUGUUUUCCGGGAGGGAGGGUUUCAGGGAGGGGAGGGAUGCGACAACAAAAGGGGGAGGGGCGGGUGAUAAAAAUGAAUCAAUGUGAAAAAGAUAUAAAGCUGCAUUCAUAUGGAAAAACACAAAAAAAGACUGAGAUUUUUAUGGAAAAACAAAUGUUCUUUUUGGGAGGAAAAAAAACAACAACCUGUGGCAAAGUGAUUUCCAUACAGUAUGUUUUCCUGCAAUUCUUUUUUUUAAUUUUUCUUCUUCUUCUUCUUCUUCUUUUUGUCAAUUUUUUUUCUUUUCUUUUCUUUCUUCAUUUAAAGUAAACUUGAAAGUUCACUACAGGAAUUGGCGCGUCAUCUUGCUUCUGGCGCCGAUGAAAAAAAACCUGAGCGCCGGGCCAGAAGCAGUCCGCGCCAGUUUCUCUGAAAAAUAAGACUACUUCCAAACAGUUUUGAAUAAAAACUGUCUGAUCAAUAUUAGACUCUCUCUCAGAGCUCUCCAAUGGUUUUUACAUUUUUCAGGCAGUGUAAAGUUUUUUGAUAAGGCCAUUUUAAGUGGCUCUGUUUCUCAUUCAAAGUCUAUAUAUAGAACCACUUUUUUCUAGAGUAGUUUAAAGGUAAAAAUAAAAAAAGACAUUUGCCCUGUUUGGGUGGGAGAAAUGCUACCUACUUGUGUCACCUUUUGCUGAACUGACUCACAGAUAGACAAUCCGUGGUUUAAAUGCACAUGAUGAAAUGACCUAUAUUUUCUACUGUUUAAAUGUAUAGAGGAAAAAAAAAUACUAAGAUACCUGUAACCUGCGUUAACGUCGGUGCUUCUCGUGAGUUUAGUUGUGGUUUCAUCACAAGUCUAACGGUCUUAAAUGUCUCAUGUUUUUCAAGAGAAGACUAAAAAAUCAGUUUACUUGAACAAUAGACAAAGCCUUUCAUAUUACUAUAAUAGUUAAUUUGUUGUUUCUUUUCUUUUUGUUAAUUCUUUUUUUUUAAGGAGUCCCUAUUUGCUAAAUUUCUUGUUGGUUAAUUAGCUAUAUAAAAUUCCUAAAAAUAUAUAUAAAUAUAAAUAUAUCUAUAUAUAUAUAAUGUCAGCUUGUGAAGCAUCAAUGUCAUUAUUAUUUUAUUUCUCUCGUGGGAAACAAAUAUUUAGAUGUGUUUUGUUGUUCGGCAAAAAUGUCUUAUAAAGAAAAAAAGACAAGAUCAGUGGAGUUCAGUGCCAAAUUCUGAAGGUACUUCCUGCCUAGCGCGUCAGUGUACUUCUUGUGAAAUUAUUUGAUAACAUGGGUAUUUUAUUAUAAGUGUUUUGUAUGGAUCCCUCAUAUUUAAAAAUAUAGAUUUAAAAAAGAGUUUGUUAACUUGCUAUUCUGUGGUCUUGUUGCCUGAAAAUGUCAUGUUUGCUUUUUUUUUUCUUU